GAGUCGCCGGCGUUCAGCUAACAGAGCAGCUGGAGCAGCAGCACACAGCAGCGGCUAGCCUGUCCGGAAGAGGCCGCUGACAGGAGCUCACAGGCGGCAGCACAGUUCGCUCGGGCUGCUCGGGAACCGGCGGGUGUCAUGGCCGACAGCGUGGACACCUUCCUCAGGGCCAGACAGCGCACCUUCAGCGGACUGACUGAAGAUGCAGAGCGAGAGUGGAAGGGACCAUUUUUCUUCAUCCAGGCCGCAGACCCCCAGCUCGGGCUGAUGAAGGCCUGGAAGGACGGGGACUGUGACGGCGGAGGGGACGAAUGGUCCGAGGAGGUGGAGCUCACCAAGCAGGCGGUGGAGGCCGUCAACCAGCUCAGACCUAGGCCGAGGUUUAUGGUGCUGUGUGGGGACUUGGUCCACGCCAUGCCAGACACGCCGUUCAGAGAAGGUCAGGAGAGGGACCUGAAGGUGGCCUUGAAGGGGACGGAUCCCUCCAUCCCUCUGGUGUUUGUCAGUGGGAACCAUGACCUGGGCAACACACCCACCCCGAGUACGGUGGAGCAGUACUGCAGUGAAUGGGGGGACGACUAUUUCAGCUUCUGGGUGGGCGGCGUCCUCUGCCUGGUUCUGAACUCCCAGCUCUUCUACGAUGCCUCAGCCUGCCCUCAGCUGAAGGAGAGCCAGGAGAUGUGGCUGGAGGAGCAGCUGAGCAGAGCCUCCUCCUCAACAGAACCGAAACCCAAACACGUCCUGGUGUUCCAGCACAUUCCGCUGUAUCUAAAGAGCCCAGAGGAGGAGGACGACUACUUCAACCUGCAGGGGGCCGUUAGGCAAAACCUACUGGACAGGUUCAAGAAGGCAGGGGUGAAGGCGGUCUUCUCCGGCCAUUACCACCGAAACGCUGGAGGUUGCCACGAUGGCCUGGACAUGGUCGUGAGCUCGGCCAUUGGCUGCCAGCUCGGCGAAGACACCCAUGGCAUCAGGGUGGUGGUGGUGACCGCAGACGGUGUCAUCCAUCGCUACCACAGCCUGGAGCAGCUGACUGCGGGAGGCAUGGACCAGGACCUCAGGAAGCUCCUUCAGGCCUGAGGAAGUAGCAUAAACCGGAACCGCUUGGCUUUGUUUCUUUUUUUAAUCACUGGUUUGAUGUGGAUCUUACAGAUUUUAGGCCCUGUCCUUAGGGGCAUACUACAGGGUUUUUGGAGAUUAGGGCGUUGGUCACCUCGUGUCAGCAGAUCAGAAAGCAAUUUGUACGAAUGUUGAAUUUGACCAAUGGCCCAGUCUACAGAAAAUUGACAGAAAUGAGACAGAAUCUUAUGAUUAAAUGAAAUUGGGUUGACGUUCCCUCUACUGAAUGUUUUCCUUGGAUUAUCUCCCGGCAGAAUGGAUGUUAUUAUCCCUUCUCCCGCUGCUCUGACCACGAGGGAUCAGUGAAUGUGUUCUGAGACUGUCGGCUCUUCAGUGGAGAGGCUCCACCUUUCUUCACAGUCCUCCUCUAUCUGACGUAGCAUUGCGCCCUCCGACACCCUGUCUGCCUGCCCGUCCGUCCGUCUGCGGUGUAACAAGUUCAAGACAAUAUGCUCCGGUGUCGUCAGAGGUUGCCAGUGUAACUUUAAAUGUAUUGAACCUGUUCCAUCUUUAAAGGAAGAGUCCACCCUGAGAGUUUGAUCAGGGGCCUCAUUUCUAAAACAGUGCGUAGUAAUAAAAGUGUGAGUUGGCCCAAAAGCUGAAAAUUAUAUAAAACCAUGCACACCUAUAUAAAACCUAUAUGCAUUUUUAACGAUCCCAUUCCAAACAGCAGGCAUUAUUAAAUUCAAAGACAGCUGUGAUAUCCCGAAUCUAUUAAAAAUUUAACGGGAUUAUUUUAUUCCCUCAAGGGGCUUUCAGGAGCACAGUAAAUAUUUUACUGUGUUACCUGUCAGCUAAGAGUGGAGAGUACUUGUGUUGUGGGAUGUUUCAGUUCCUUCCUUCGGGGUCGGCCUGUCUGAUACGGGACUCGGCUCGGCACAAAGAUCUGAGAUCACAGCUCUGUAGAAUCCAUAUGACUUGUUUCCUCUUAAUCCUUCCAUUCACGUUUACUCAGAGCCAGUACAUCCAUCACGACAGCGUUACGCAGUAAGAGUGUCAGAGCAGUGUUUAUGUUCACAGCAAUCGGGCCUAUUUCUUCACACAUCAGUGGGAUCCUAUCGUCCCCUCUCAUUUGGAAACAAAAGCAUAAAGGUAAACACUUUUCUUUCUUUUUUUUUAAGCGGCCUGCAUUACGCUUUGUGCGCUUUGUGCAUUCCGUGCGCCUGACAGCACAGUUAUGUUCACUGCAGUGAUUUUACACACACUAUGCAAACCAAAGUCAUCCCUAUUGAUACAGGCAAAGUGUUUAAAAACUCCUAUGACACCUAUGACACUGCUGGUUUAAUGUUUAUGAUAAAGUGGAUCUAUAAUCUGCUUCAAUCCACCAAGUCGCCACGUUCCCGUCUCCACAAGGCUCGUACGUAUCUGGGUCAGAGUUGGACCCAGUCGCACACAAUGGGUUUGACAGAUGUGCACAGAAUGGUUAUAAGUGAGGCCCCGGUAGAACUAGAGGAGGUGUGGACACACUCCAGCUUUUCAGUGUUGAACGAUUUUUACCUCAAUGAACCUGAAGUAUCCAGCUCCAAUCAUAUGUGGCUUCAACAGGUACACUGACUAUUGGCAUUGAAGAGAAGCAUUGGUAAACAUGUUCAGGCUGAAACAGGUUUAGGCGAGUGAUGAUGCUCUGUUGAAAUGAGGCUCUGCAGGGAACAGCUGGGCAGUCAGGGAGCAGGAUGACCGCUGCAUCACUACAGGAAAGGAAACAACAGGAAUUUGAAUCACUACAGGUUCCUCAGGAAUGUCUAAACGCCACUAUUCCCCCCUGACUCCGGAGACUGUCAACACUGUUGGAGUAUUAUUUACAGAACAUUGACACCGGCGUCUGAUGAAAGAGAGACAUGGGGAAAGAAAAGAAACUGAAAAACAGUGGCAAAACCUGUUUCAAUGCCAACGUUUUAUUUGUUGUCAAUGCCAAUAUUUAGUGUUCUUGUUCCAACCCCUGUACGGUCAGUCUUUCUACUGUUUGCUGUUGCUGCAGUGCUCUGCCUGGUUGGCCAUCCUAUGCAAGCUAAUCACACCACAAUAGUGUGUGGUGUGUUUGUUCGUGUGUGUGUAUUUUAAUGUUUAGCCCGGUACAUUGUUUGACUAAAAGAUGUGGCGCUGACUCCUGACCUCUCAUCCAACUGUGAGCUGUUCGUCUGUAGCUACUCACGCAGCCCUGAGUUCAAUGUCGAGCCUCGAUAGUGCUGAUGCGAGUCUUCCGAUUUUAGUUGGCUAGCGAUGUUAUUCUUAAGCAAUAUAAAAUGUGAAAAAAUUGACAAUGAAGUUUGGUUUUUUACGGAUUUUCAAGUUACAAUCCUUAAGAUUUCCCUCCUGGUUGAAGAAGAAAUACAUCUGUGGUUAUAUUUAUAAUAAAAAAUGCUUCAAAUGUUCACUGUCUUAUUUUGUUGAUGCGUUGUGCUACAGCCGCUGUCGUUUUAUCCUCCAUGACAGACUAGGACCUUUUCACAAUAAAAGUCACCCCGUGUUUUGCCUGUCCAUGCCACAGACUGUAUAUAAAUAUGCGUUUCCACUUCCUCUCACUAUCCAGAAAUGAACGCUGCCCUCUUGUGUCAGUGACGUCAUUUGGAGUCUGUUCAGUAGAGAUUGUAGGAUGGAACAGCAGGUGUCGAAGUCCCACUGAUAAACGCACUGGACUAAUAAUAAAGUCUCAGCUGUCAAUCGUGACAUUUCAAAAAAUUAAAACCCAAAUUUGAUCUGAAAAUUGUACAUUUGAACAAACAUCAGUGCAUUAAGAAGUACCCAAAAUAAGAACAACCAUCUUUGAGAAAAAAUUAUUUUAAUUUGGCCCAUGUCCCAUUCACUCAGAUGAAGGAAGCAGCGUUUUAUGAUAUAUACUGCAGCCAGCCACUAGGAUUCACUGCCUCGCCCAAUAUUAUAUGGACCUGCUUACUGAACACGCUCCCAGUGUUCUUCUCUGGUAUUUGACGGAUUGCUAAUGUUGAACUUAAUCCCCGCCUAAUGUCCUGGCAUCUUUGUUUGAGUCGUUUGUGUGCUCCAGUGUGGACAGAGACAUUUUGUAAAGCAAUAUUCAUGUCGACGGAAUAUUAUUAUGAAAAAAGGGGAAAAAAUGGCUUCAAAAAAAAUCUUUGCAGUAGAGUAGACCAGGCCUAAAUCUCAAGGAUUGAAACUUUCACGUCUUUUUCCUCUGUUGUGUUUGCCCAAAUGAAAGUGUCUCAUGUCAAACCUCAGUUCAAUUCUGUUUACUCAACCACCAAUAUAUUUGUUUUAAUUUACAUCCAUUCAGUUUCUCUCAGCUACUUGUUUAUGAAAUCGUGGAUCAAACCGACAGCGGGUUUCCCUCACCGUUAUGAAAAUGUUUCUUAAUGGUUCCAAUGAGUAUUUUUAAUGAUGCGACGCUUCACAUUUAAAUCACACUUCUGAGUUUAAUGUGCACACGUUUGAGAUCCUGACACACACUAUCAAACUGAACGGGCUGGUGUCCGGCUGAUACCAUGUGAUCUGCUGUGGAGAGCUCAGUAUUUCCUGACUGUUUAGUCAGAACUCAAACAGCCGAACUCCCAGUCCUGAAAUUGUCUUUACAAUUUCAGCAAAAAAAUGACUUUCCUCCGUGAGUCCAAAAUGACUCUACUCCAUUACACUUUCCACACACACACACUCUCGCGCUCGCCCUGACCGACUGGGAAUGUAAGAGAGUUGUCAUGGCAACCCUUUAGCAACACAUCUGUGUGUGUCUCGGAGAGAUACUGCAAGUGUCGGGGAGGGAAGUGUGUGAGUCUGCGUGUGUGCACACGUCCGUCCCUGAUUUUCCAUCAGCAACGCAAUCGCUGACCUCAUUUCACACUGACAGAUUCUGUCCAUUUUCCAAAAAGUCAGCGUGUGAUGGG